AACCACGCCUGCUGUUGAGCAAGCACUGCAUCGGACAGAUAUACCCCAGUGCCUUUCAUGUGUAAGUGUGCAAACGUGAGCAAUGUCUGCAAACAGAGAAGAAAUACACGCCAAUCUCAUCGACGAACCUGACGAUGACUGCAGCAGUCCAGAGGUGCGAUAUUCAGUACUUCAGAACCCAGAUAAACGAAGCAAGCAGUUUUGCCAGGAUCCUUUCAAGGUGGCCACAGCAUGCCUGACUGCCUUCUGCCUCGUCUUACUCACGAUCCUGCUGCUCACAAAUGUUCACAGGGAUAAGGCACGUUCAUCCGAUCAGGAUUCCCCGUUCAGCGCUGCUGUAUCACACAUGCAGAAGAGCUGCGCUAACGUAACCGCUCUGACUGAAGAACUGCAGGCUGUGAAGAGAGAAAAGAGUGAACUGGAGAAAGAACGGAUGCAGCUGAAGAAAACAAUCGCCGAGCUUGAGGCAACCCCUGCACCACAAACCACUCCAGUACCAAUGAAGAAUCCCUGUCCUGAAGACUGGAGGCACUUUAACGACAGCUGUUACUACGUCUCAGAAUACGGAAGGAGCUGGUCGGACAGUCAGGAGUACUGCCAAAGAGAAGGAGGACACCUGGCCAUCAUCCUUACAGCUGAAGAACAGACGUUCAUAUGGAACCUGCUGCCCCGUGGAUACUGGAAAUCUUACUGGUUCGGCAUAAGUGAUGAAAAAGUAGAGGACGAGUGGUACUGGGUGGAUGGAACUAAACUGGUUCAAAGUUUCUGGGAAGAAGGUGAGCCCAACAAUCACGGUAAUGAAGACUGUGGCUACAUUGUAAAAACAAAUGUUUUAAGCCGUGUGGCUACAAAGAGCUGGUAUGACGCGCCCUGCGUUAUGUCCUUGCCCUGGAUCUGUGAGAAGCUGCAGUCCUCUUGAACUUCAUCUUCACCACCAUCAUCAACAGACAUUCAUUGAUCAUUAGUAGCACAAGCUGUAGUGAGAUUUUCAUAGCAUUUAGAAUGUCUGCAGUCAUGGGUCAAAAAAAAGCAAUUCAUUUUUUUUAACCAAUAACAAUGUAAUAGUCCUUUUAUAUAAAUACUUAUUUUUUUCUUAUAAAUUUGGGAACGUCUGGCAGUUCCACUUACACUCAGUAGAGCGCAGCAUUGAGUCAAAGUUUGGACCAGAACUACAACACCUGGUUUUGUUUUCUUUCUUUUGCCAUAUAUAUAUAUAUAAAUUAUUAUUAUUAUUAUUAUUAUUAUUAUAUUUUCCUUCAUUAAUUGACAAACCUAUCUCUGUCAUCAGAACGUUACAAACAAUCACAAUAAUCACAGAAAGCCGUGCCUUUGUUGUUCUUUUUCUAGACUAUGUGCAUCACUUUAGAUAAGAUUCAUUUUAAGAACAAACAAGAUCAUUUAUUUUAGAGCAUUAUAAGCCAAACUAGUUCAGAAUGUGACGAACUAAACCAAAUGCCUAAUUGAAAGAAAGCAAUAAAAACAAUCUUUUUAUGUUCUUA